AUGUACAGCGACACAGCGAAUGGUCUUGUGGAGAGACACCCGCUGGAGCUGCCUGAAGCUAUCGGACCCAUAAUUCACCAGCAGGAAAAACUGUUUGUGCCUGUCAAAGAGUACCCAGAUUACAACUUUGUGGGGAGAAUCCUUGGUCCCCGGGGACUCACUGCCAAACAGUUGGAAGCAGAAACAGGAUGCAAAAUCAUGGUGCGAGGAAAGAGCUCCAUGAGAGACAAGAAGAAGGUAGGCUCCGUAGCUUGGCUGUAA